UUAGAGCCUUGUUUUAAAAGUUUUUAACCUUCCCUUGUCUAUGAUUUUUAAUAAAUAUAACCUCAAUUUAAGAUAUGUUUAAAAAACCAAGAUAUAUUUUUCGUUACAAUAAAAAUCCUAAAAGUUUAAUUACAUCAUUUCAGUGUUUAACAACAGCAGCCCUACCCACAGAAAGAAUCGAUAGUUUUCGUUGUGUUAUAAAUAACCCUCUAGAACAGAAUGAGGGGCACAUUGGUCAGUUUUAUAGAGUUCCAGAAGACGUUGUAUCAAAGUUAUUUUCACAAGGUGGCUUACCAAAAUCAUUUCGUAUACAAACAAAAACAUUUGCAGAAACAUGUUUAAUGAUUCGAAAACCCUCCAUAGACAUAAUAAAUUGUAUUAAAAAUUUAGAUUUUAGCAAACCUGUACCACGAUUCGUUUUAUAUGGUCAAAAGGGAGUAGGAAAGAGUCUAUCUUUGGCUCAUAUUGUGCAUUAUGGAUAUGAAGCAGGAUUUCUAUUAGUUCACAUACCAUGGCUAGGUGAAUGGAUGAGAAGACCCAAGGAUAGCAGUCCUUCAGAAACUAAGGAGGGCUACACCAAUAUUAAUUUAGAUAUUGCUUCAUGGCUUGUUCACUUCAAAAACCAAAACUCAUUAUUGCUUGAAAAAGCCAAUCUUAAAACUACGCAGACAUACAAAUGGACUAAACGAGAAGAAACAGUGGCAAACUCAAACCUUAUGGAUCUAGUUGAUCACGGAAUUAACCGUAUCAAGUUUGCAUCUGACUGCGUUUUAGCUCUUUUAAAUGAAAUUAAACAAUUAUCAAAAUCAGGAAAAUGUAAAACACUAGUAGCUAUUGAUGGAUUUAAUGCAUUUUUCUAUCCUGAGACUAGAAUUCGCACAGAAAAGAAAGAAAUAGUACAUCCCCAUAAUGUCUCAGUUACAGAAGGUUUUCUUAGUUUAACUCGGUUUGACUGGAAGAAUGCAGUUGCGGUAUUAAUAGUUGAUGAACUUGCAAUAGCAGAAAAGGACCAAACAUCUUAUUUCCCAAGGUAUUUAUUAGGUAAAGAUGGGUUUGAACAUUUAGAUCCUUUUAUACCAGUUUUGGUCAAUGGAUAUUCUAAUAAAGAAUUCUUAAGUUGUAUGAAUUACUAUAGAGAGAGACGAUGGGUACAACCUUUACCUGGACUAGAUGAUGAGUUAUCUGUCAUUAGUUCUUCAAAUCCAUACAAACUUAUGCAGUUGUGUGCUCCUUUGUAAAAUAAGUAAUAAUAGAUGGAAGUUACAAUUCA